AUUCUGCUUGAGCCGGUCAUGGCUGCCCGCGCUGACGAUUCAAAGUCGUCUCUGCAACGCCUUCUUUCCCUUGACAAAACCUUUGAUUCAUUUGAGGACCGCGUGCAGGAAGCCGCUCGAAUCCUCAAUAUCUCUUUGCACCCUCAGGCCGAAGUCGACUCAGCUACUCCUUCCUCAACCUCGCAUACUGCCCGUCUGGACUUUGUACUACGUUGGCUGCUGGACAAGCUCUCUGCAAAGCCGGAACCCUGUCAAUGCCUCCCAUCAUGGACUCUUCUACGUCGCAUCCUUGAGCGCAUGCCGUCUGCUGCUCUGGCCAAGUCCCUUGCCGUUGCCAGCCCUCUGAACACCUGCUCCAAGGCUCUCGCUGAGCUCUUUCCACCUGCCUCAUCUCUGGCUCCAAGUCACGUAGACGAUACCAAACGCUCUAGCAAGAAAAGAAAGAGGCAAAGCGCCGCCAAUGAUACUGCCUCCGACCACCCUGCACUCAUAUUUGGAGAAAUCACGGCUUCUAUUCGUCUCUUGAUCUCUCGUUCGACGCAGACUUCUGCUACGGAUGCCGCUUCAGAGAACCGCGUCCAUGCUCUUCUUCGUCUUGAUCACGCCGAGCUUGUUCGCUUCGUAAAGCACACUCUCUAUGGCCUGUUGCAUCUGCAAUCCUCCCAGAAUCUUCCCACUUCUCUUGUGGCAUCAUCAUUGACCCUCAUCCAAGAUCUAGCCAUUCUACAACCAAAUGCUUCCGUUGACCCUUUGGAUAUCUCCUUUUGCACCGAGUGCUUAUGGCCCGCUGCACUUCUCCUUCGCUUCUUGCAUUCAGAGUCGAAGCUGGAUGGCACUUCUCAGAAUUAUGCGCAACACUCAAUUCGCUCUCUGGACCGCCUCCUAGCCACACACCUCUUCGUACCAGCUAGAGUGGCUUUCUACAAUUCAAAAACUCCUACACAAAAGAAACGCCCCCAGGUCGAGCUUCCCGGGCUAGCGCAAAGACUGGAACCAUUGCACUUGCAAGUCACAGCUCUUCUCAAUAUAAACGGUGCCGAUACCGUCAGAACAGAACAGCUUGUCAAUGCAUACGCUUGCGUGCCUUUAUUGUUGGACCUGGCCGUUCGCUGUGCACCUAUCGCCAACCCAAAGCAAAGGAUAAUAGAAGCCCCUUGGAUCCAUCUCCUGUUCACUUCUCUAUCAGACACAAUCACUUUAUCCAACAAUUCACCGGACUCUACCAUCGUCAACCAGACCUUAAACAAGAUGCUUGAUGUUCUUUCAGGAAAAGGUCUGGUGCUUGAUAAUGAUGUGCUGAGUGAGGUUCUGGACAAGCGAUGUAACCUUCUACCGUCUUUGGACACGACUUCAGAUGUGCUACCGGACUUCCCACUUGUCGCUAGGAUCCUAAACAUGAACGCUGGUAUCUUCACAGAUGUCAACUCUGCUCCAGCCAAGGCUUUGUUCCAGGCGCUAACGAGUAACGGCAAGGCAAAAGCAAGUGCUGUCUUGGGCUCCGUUUCUCACGAUGACUGGAUAAAUCCUCGUAACCUUUGCUACCAGAUCGCAAUUCCUCUCAUGCACGCAUACGCACGUACCCGUAAUCUUCCUGCUUUCCUCGAUCAAUGGUCGGAUUGUCUGAGUGCUCAGACCUCUUCAAAAACGUCUCGAUGGCUUCUCUGGGCAGAUUCGUCAUUGGAGGAAUCCCUAAGAUCUCUCUUGGAGACUUCUUUGACGUCUACACAAAUUUCUGAUUUGCUGAAAUCUAGACAGGAUGCACUAAGCCAAUCGAUCGCAUCAUCAUCAUCAUCAUCUAGCGCCGGCGCUCAAUGUUUUGCGAACACUGUUCUGCUGAAUGCAAUUGUCGGCGCCGUGAAGACAGACGCAACGGUUGACGAUCUCGUUGUUCAUCUGGAGACACUACUUUCGGUUGUGGAAAGCGCUAUUGAGCAGAUCUCAGACAUUAACGGUCUACUCUCUGCUCACCUCCUCGGCUUGUGCUCGAAGAUAUACCAGCUGUGGUACCCGAUCUGGUCUACCUCUCAUUCGGACGAAGAAGUCCAAUCGCGAAAUGCCACACUUCUCGAUGGUCCAGUCACACAAUAUGCCCUGCAGAAGAUUCAAGAUGGCUCAAACGUAAAGUCUAGCACAUCUGCCGGUACCGUUUCUGAAGUAGACUCCGCAUUUGUCCUUGUCGCUUCAAUAUGCGAUAUGCAGAGACAUUUGACUGGCCAUGAAUCCGAUUAUGCACAUCUGUUCUGUCGCGCAGCUCUGCCAUCAAAGGACGGGGACAUCACUCACUCUUAUGCUUCACAGCGUCCUGCCGCCUUUCUGACAGUCCUUACUGGGUUUCCCGAGCUGCUAUCAUGCAUCCCUACGACUGAGAGGAUACAACUUUUCAAGGAUCUGUUCAGCAGUUUCUUUUCUCAUUCGUCAAACUCAAGUACUGUGCUUCUCGAGUUUCUCGACUCGGUCUUUGCAACUAGUGACCUGCCUACCAAGGACGACCUUUUUAACGUCGUUUGCGAAGCUGUCGAGGGUUCUGCUGCUACAGAAUCAUGGCUCGAGAUUCUUCUCCAAUGGCCAUUGAAAGGCUUCUCUCGUCAACAGCGAGAGAAAAUCUUGGACAUUGUUGUGGCCUCGUUGACAGAGAAAAAUGUCAAUGGGCAAGCCAAGCAACACGGCCUUGACCUGGUUGCGGGAAUGCUCGAGCUGCCAAAUGCGACCGCCAAAGUGUCGGUUACGCCUACCGUACUUUGGAAUCUAGCUGGAGUACCUUACAACAGCACUGAGCUGAGUGCUUUCGAGAGCAUUUGUAAGCGCCUUUUGGGACAUGUUAUUGAUACCAAAGAGCAAGAGCGAAGCAAAUUGUAUCUGGAACAACUUUCGGAGCUAAUGUCAAAUUUUGUGAGCAAACAGAAGGACUUGGGCUUGCCGUCAGCACCAGGCAGAGUCUUGCUAGUGAACGCUCUGUUUGAGGCAACUGAAGCUCGUCUUACACAAAAGGAGCUGUCAAGCUUCCCCCAUCGUUCACCAUCGACGAUUGAUUCAUUGGUGAAGAGAUUAUGGGACACACUGUCAAGCUCAACAGACGCUGCUUUCUCUGAGGAAAACUCUUUCAAGGCAAAGUUGGCUGUUGAGCUGUACAUUGGCAUCCCUGCAUCUGUGUUGGAGUCUGGCGGUUCUUCGACCGAGAAAUAUGCGAAGCGCUUUGUAAAGAAGCUGCGUAGCCUGAUUGAAGAAACAAAUGAUGUUCCUUUUUCCCUCUUGUUGCGAUGCUUCCAGCAUUUGUCUUUGGCUGCAUCCAAAACAAAUCCCACCGAUAUAUGCACGAGUGCCGAGCGCCUCUUGACACAGGAAAUGGAUGCUGACCAGUACUGGGUCAUCACGGACUCUUUCACGAAGAGUGUACAAGCAAUCUCGGAGGACGACAAGAUCGCCUUAAUAGAACGUAUCCUGCCUGUCUCAGCAGAACAGUGUACUGCAGAACGAGCUGUAUUGGUUCGAUGCAUUAUAUCUGCCAUGCAUGGUUCCCGCAAGAAUGGAGCGAUCUCUUCUGAGGUUGGUUCAGUUCCGAUUCUCAUACGACUGCUUGAGCUACUCAAUACUUGCACCGAAUACAGGGUGCAUCAGCAGUUAGUCGCCUGUGUUAUCGCAGUCUUGAGAGAACAGCCCAACCUCGUUACACAAUACUCUGCAGAGAUGACUAUUGCCACAGUAACCACUCUUGCGUCACCCUCAUCGCCAAUGAAGUCUGUCAAACAAGCAUCAUUGAUGUUUGAGGGUCUCUGUACGAUCACCCAAAGUCUUUUGCAGUUCCACCGCUCAAGCCUGGGUGGACGGUUCCAUCUCCUCGUUCCUUUGAUGCAGAGACUUCUUGCCUGCCUCUUCUCACCUAGCAGCAGAGACGCUGGAACAAUCAACCGAUUCAAACAUCCCGCAUGGCUCGACCAAAGCAAUGCGUCAUUAACCCUCAAGCACGCACAGAAGUUCUCAAGAAUCCUUGAGAAUCUUUGCAACCCACCACAAUUGAACGUGGCAGGAAACAGAGGGAAGGCGCCUGAGCUUGUUGAUGAGACACGCAAGGCUCGUAUGCAUGUUGCUCAACAUGCUCCUCACAUCCUUCACUACUAUUGUACUCUGAUUUUGAACGGAAAACUGGGCGAGGGAAUGCGCGAUGCGCUCACUCCCGGAAUGUGGGCCAUCAUUGAUGUUGCAGAGAUUGGUGCCGACGACACUCGUGGCGUCAAGGCGUUGAGUUCCAGCAUGGGUAACGCUGAUCGCGCAGUCUUGAGAGGCAUCUGGGAGGACUGGCGACGAUUUGGUGGAGCUUGGAAGGGUUAGAUCUAUACGCACAAAACACCAACUAGCGUCUCGCAAUCUUAACAAACUGUGCUAUCGGGCAACUGGCUGAACGUGGU